AUGGCGGAUGAUUUUGUCGAAGACCCGAAAUACAACGAAGCUAUUUUUCGGCAUAGGUUCCGUAUGUCGAAACGUUUGUUUCUAAAAAUUGUGAGCGACGUGGAAGCGAACGACUCGUGGUUUCAAGAGGGCUUCGAUGCGCAAGGUAAGAAGGGGUUUACGCCGUUGCAAAAGGUUACAUCAGCUAUUAAACAUCUCGCAACUGGUAGCCCUCUAGACGAGUACGACGAGUACUUGCAUAUGGCAGAAAGAACUUCCCGCGAGUGCCUAGAAUAUUUUUGUGAUACGCUUUGCAAAAUAUACGCUUCGGAGUUCUUACGUAAACCGACAAGCCACGACAUGGCACUUUUAUACGACGGCACGACGCUCAUGAGGAAAAACAUCACCUUCCUGGUAUGUUCGGAAGCCUUGAUUGAACCCAUUUCGUUUAGCGAAUGUGUCCCACAGAGCUUCGAGGCCAGUAUAUGA